UUUGAUUAACAUCACAUUGGUUGAACUUGAGGACUUUUAAUUGUUGAGAUGGCUAGUGUGGGAAAGGAGCGUGCAGGGGCAGAGAUAGUGUAUGGUUCUGAAGAAUGUUAUCGCCAAUCCAUAGAGCUCUUAGAAGAGUUGGGUUUUCCAAAGGGUGUUCUUCCGUUGCAAGACCUGGUGGAGUGUGGAAGGGUUAGAGAAACUGGGUUUGUGUGGAUGAAGCAAAAGGCCCCUUAUGAGCAUUUCUUUGAGGGAACCAACACGAGGGUGAGUUAUGCUGUGGAGGUCACAGGCUAUGUGGAGAAGUUUAGGAUGAAGAAAAUGACUGGCAUUAAGAGCAAACAGAUGAUGCUGUGGGUGCCAAUAGCUGAGAUGAGCAUUGAAGAUCCUAAGGGCCAGAAGAUACUCUUUAAGACCCCUAUGGGGAUUGGAAAGUCCUUCCCUAUCAUGGCUUUCAUGACCCCAGAGGAAAAGGAAAAGCACCUGCUGUUGCAGGAUAAGGAGAUUCAAGAAAACAAUUAGCUUUCCUCGUAUACCAUGAUGUUCAUGAAUUAAUACAUGAUACUACUGAGGUCCUGAUUAUGAAUAAUGAGCAACUAAAGUAUUUAAGAACGUUUUACUAUAAUUGUUUAAUUUCUAUGCAUGGUGAGUAUAAAUAAUUUUACGCUAUGAACUAAUUAGAGAAAUCGUUGUUGGUAUAAACUUUAAGAUAGUUAUUGAAAAAGUCAAUAAACAUAUUAUAUGACAGUUUGUUAUGAAAUGAUAGUGUAAAAACUCUUUGUACACUUGGGUACAUAUACUAUUACUCUU